AUGGCCGUCCCAUCGCAGCGCACGCUGCGCGUCGUCUGCAUCUUACUCCUCGUCGCCCUCCCCUGCCUCGUCGAGGCAGCACGGAAAAAAAAGAAGGGGGACACGCCACCCUUGCCGUCCGUUCGCUUCUACAAAUCAACAGUCAAAGUCUCUUACGCCGGAGUAGCGAAAAUUCCCUCCACGGCCACGCAAGGCGCGGCUGUUCAGAGCCGACAAGUGCUGGAGAAUCCAAGAAGUCAAAUCGGCGGCCGCCGUCUAUUGGAGGACGACAGCAUUGAUCUUGGGACUCCCGGUACCGAUCCGUCGGCUACCGACCCUGCUGUGGAGGAUGGGGAGCCGAACCUGGACUUUGAUCCUCGGCCGCUGCUCCCGCCCGCGGAGCUUACCGGAGCCACCGCGGACCUCGAGGCGGCCAAGAAGAAGAAGCCCAAGGCGUUUCUAUCGCUGACGGUCGCUCCCUUCUCGCCGUCCGUCCUCAAGAGCGGCGUCACGGCCAAGCAGACCGCCUCCACCGGCACCGCCGCAUACGCAAGCGACUCGAGCGUGCCCGACCCGUCCGUGUGCGCCGGCAGCAACUACGUCGUGCAAGUCGUCAACUGGGCCAUCGUGGUGUUCGACGGCAGUGGCAAGGCGCUCACGGCGCCAGUGGCGCUGAACGAGUUUCUGGGCGUGAACCCGUACCGCGGCACCACCGUGGGCGAUCUCGUCACCAAGGCGUCGUGCGUGUACGACUCGGCGACCAAGCGCUUCUUCCUCUCCGCCGCAUGGCUGGCGGGCAGCUCUAACGCGUACGACAAGUUCGGCCAGACGCGCACGGACAACAAGGGCGUCUCGCGCGGCUCGGGCAUCGUCGUCGCCGUCUCUGCCGCCGAGAAGCCGCUCGACGCAUGGAGCGUCUACUUCGUCGGAACCACCAACGACGGAACCAACGGUCCAGAUGAUCACCUCGCGCCGCUCGCGUACACGGGCGAGCUUUUCUACAACACGUACCCGCGGCUCGGCGUGGACGCGAACGGAGUGUAUGUGACGACGCAGCAGGCGACGUAUUCGAAUGUGGACGACGUGUGGCAGGGGAGCAACAUCUUUGCAUUCAGCAAGGCCGCCCUCCUGAAGCAAUCCGACAUCACAGCCGUCCGAUUCGCGCUCCCGCGCAUGUCCCGCACGGAUCAAACGGUCCUCCAGUACUGGACCAUCGAGCCGGCCGCCUCCCCCGCGGACGGCAAAUACGACCUAACCAACAAGGGCACCAUGUGGUUCGGAGCCUACGACGUCUCUUGGGCCAUGUCCGGCCACUCAGCAGUCUUCGCCUUCGCGCUCACCAACACCGUCUCUCUCUCAGCCAACAACCCCACCCUCACGCUCCUCACCGCCAUCGCCAACUGCUCGUUCUACUACGACUGGUCGACCUCUCAGCAGAAACCCGGUCUCGCGCCGCUCGCUGAAUCCUACAACAAGGAUACGCCGCUGAUUGUCCCUCCCAGGAGCUCGUCGGUGGCGUUAUCGACGGGGUUCCUGUGGAUGGUGGUGCCGACCGGGUCGACCAUGUCGCCGAAUUCCGAGGCGGGGUUUAUGCUGGUGAAGAUGAAAGCCACGGUUGCCAAGGGCCCCUCGCCCGCGCUGAACCUCGCGGUGGCGAGCGCUAUGAUCUACAACGUGCCCAUGGCCAACCUCAUCGCUCCCACCAUUGCCUUCAACAAGCUAGGCAAGGGCAUCAUACUGGCAACGCUCGUUAGCCCCAACAACUACCCCACGGUGGGCUUCGUGCGCGUCACCAAGGCGGGAAUCAGCCCUAAGGACCUCAAGUUCUACACCGUUGUGCAGAGCUCUGCACCCCUUGACGUCGACUCCCAAAGCUACUCGGCAAAGAGCACUGACCCGGUGGCGUUUGUCCGCUACGGCACCACACAGGCGCUGGCAGUGGAUGCAACGGGCACCGUGUGGGCGGCAGGGCAGUACGCCACCGAGGAGCGCACCACCCGCAACAACUGGGCCACCAGCCUUUUCUCCGUCACCCCCUAA